AUGGAUGAAGUGAUCGAUGAUGUUGAAGUUGAUGUUGAAUGUGAUCGAUCAUCGCACAAACUCAGUGAUGAUGAACUGUUGUCGCUGAUCAAUGAUCAGUUACAACAACCUGUACAACGACCACCUUAUCUAGAGCCUUCGUCACCGCAUCUUCAAGCAUGUCAGAUCAAUGCAGACACCCGCUUAUUGAAUGCGAUCAAAACACAGCUCAAAUCAUGCUUCCAUAUCAUUACACCCAAGCUGCCUCAACCAGAGGACGAGGCAAUGGAGAGGGCAAUCGAAGCAUUCUUCAAGAUCCCUUCACUUCAGAACUGCUCACGCGAGGAGUUCACGAAUCGUGCCUGCUCCCACUUCAAUGAUCAACAUGGACUUAACGUCUUUGUCUGCUACACCGCUCAUCAAUGCGAGCAUUACGAUCGCCAUUUCCACUUCAAGCUAAGAUCAGGAUUUAUUAGUGGCCCAACUGGAUUCGAUAUAUACGUUGGCGUGCCUGGUCGCAGUCCAAACAUCAUGGUUGGUACCAAUAAUGGUGAUGGAGGAUCGAUCAACUGGGGAUACUCUGGACGUAAUUGCAACAGAGAUGGUAUGACUAUCAAGUUCCUGUAG